CCUUUUAAUAAAUUACAAAAUAUUAAAUGUUUAACAAAAGAUGGUUAUUCAGAUAUUUAUACUGCAGAUUGGAUUGGUGGUUGUUAUAAAGAAUGGGAUAUUAAAAUUCGUCAAUUAAAAAGAGUUGAAAGACCUGGAAUACAAAAUUUAAUUACAAAAGUUGUACUUAAAAAAUUAGAAAAUAUUGAAAGUGCAAAUCAAAGUUGGUUUGAUGAGGCUAAAUCACAUUUAUCUAUAAGCAAUAAACAUUCAGAUAUUGUCAAAUGUUAUGGUUUAACACAAGACAUAUCAAAUAGAAAUUAUAUGCUUGUAAUGGAUAUAAGGGAUAUAGAUUUAAGAAAAUAUUUACAACAGAAUCAUAAUAAACUUAAUUGGAAACAAAAAAUUAAUAUUACUUUUGAAAUAAUUAGAGCACUUUAUGUUAUUCAUAAAGAAAAUUCAAUUCAUAAAAAUUUACAUUCAGGAAAUAUUUUAUAUUCACAACUUAAUAAUCAAUGGUAUAUUAGUGAUCUUGGAUUUUCUGGUCCCGCUAAUAAACCUUCAUCAUGUAUAUAUGGAAAUCUUCCUUAUAUAGCACCUGAGGUUAUUAAAGAAAUUGAUUAUACCUUUAAAUCUGAUAUUUAUAGUAUUGGAAUAUUAAUGUGGGAAAUUUCAUCUGGUCAUCCUCCAUUUAUAAAUUAUGGUCAUAAUUAUAAUCUUGCAAUUAAUAUUAUUAAUGGUAUAAGACCAAAAGUUACUUUAAAAAUUCCUGUAGAAUAUAAAAAUUUAAUGGAACAAUGUUGGGAUGCUAAUCCAUUAAAAAGACCUGAUCUUUUUACACUUAUGAAAAAAAUAAGAGAAAUGAAUUCAUAUUAUCAAGGUAUAACGGAUGAUUCUGUUAAAACAGAAAUGUAUGAUGAUUUAAAAUUAAAUAAAGCAAGUAAUAGUAUAAAUAGUAAAUUAUUUACAAGUAAGAUUUAUCAAUUUGAAAAUUUACCUGAACCAAGGAAUGCAACAGAAGAUGAAAUAAAAGUGUUUUAUAGUAAAUUACAUGAAUAUAAUAAUAAAGAUAACAAUAAGAAUAAUAAAAGCAUAUCAAAGAUUUUUAAGGCCAAAAAUAAAAAGUUAACUAAAAUGCUUAAAAAAUUACAGAAAAAGAAUGACGUUAAUAACGAUGAUAAAAAUAAAUCAAACCCACAAACAAAAGGAUCGGAUUUUGAUGACGACGAUGAUGAAGUAUAUCAUUCUGAAAGACAAGAUGGAUCGGAUUCUCUCGAUGAUAUUUAGAUAUAAACGAAUUUUUUCAUCCCUUAUAUCCCUUAUUAUAAAAUUUUCUUUUUAUUAUUUUUAUUUUAAAAUUAUUUACCCACUCCACUAAGAUUAAAAGUAGCAGGAUUUCUUACAAAUGUCUUAAUUUGUAUUGUAAAUAAUCCAAUUUUAUUCAAUCUAUUUCACAUAUCUGAGACGCACAUACAUAUCUGGAACGCAUUUAUACAUAUCUCAUUAGAGAAUUUUUUUUUAAAC